AUGGGAAGUGGUGCAAGUGUAGAACAAGAAUACAAGCAUCAAAAGUCAUAAGCUCAGAAUGACAUAUUCAUUGAAGAAGGCAUUGGAAUUGAAUAAUCACAAUUGUCCAGAAAGUGGAUGAGCAAGAUGACCAUCCUCAAAAAUUUAGAGACUAAGAACUUUAUGGAAUCACAAAUCUAGAAUAAAAGCUUUAAAUAACCUCUUUAAUAAGAUUAAAAUUCUUCAAUUGUCUUCUCUGAUGAUAUUGAACAAAUAUCAAGAUCUCCUAGCUCAUCAGUUAAAUCAAGUAAUAUGCAUAUUUCAAAUUAAAAGAAAAAGAAUUUUACGGACAGUGACGAAGAAAGCGACAUUGAAGAAAAAUAAUUAUGCAAUAAUAAAAGAUCAAGCAAAUUCUAUAAUUUCUAAAGUGAUGAUUCUUAAGAUGAGAGAGACAAUGACACUAAAUUAAUAAAAUAAUGCAUCUUAUAGGCUGAAGAAGCCGUAACUUCAAGAAAAAGCAGUAUUAAUUCUAAUGCUGAUUAAUAAUUUUUAGCCAAUCUUAACAUAAAUGAUAUCAAUCAAACUAUACAAUUAGUUAAAUAACCCCUACCUCAUCAUUAUCCUGUAAAUCAAUUAUAUAUAAGAACUAUAAAUAGUGAAUAGUAAUUGCAGCCAGGAAAGGACAAACUAGUCAAAUUGGCAUGUAGAUAAUAAAGUCUAGACGAACAAGAAUCAGAACUAUCCUAUAGAGAUGAUCAUAGAGAUAUGUCUAAAUCAGAACUAUAAACUGAUUACUCUCCUGAACAAUUAUUAAACCAAAUCGGAAUAGCAAUCACUAGUAAAAAAGGAAACAAAAAUGAUACAACUCCCUUGACCUCAGAUUAUUUGAUCUACAAUGAUAGUUAUCAGAAGAUUUUCAUUUUAAGUAAUGGACAUGGAAAAUUUGGAGAAUAAAUUAGCAAUUUGACCUAUAGAUUGGUAUUCCAUUACUUAAUCAGAACUCCUAAAUUUUAUUCACAUCCCAUGAAAGGACUAGAGAUUCUAUUUAAAAAGUUAUAAGACAAAUUAAAAUUGUACAUUGAGAAAAAGAAACUAGAUGACACUCAUAACAUAUUGCUCAGUGGCUGUGUUCUAACAGUUAUCAUCUAAAGAGAUUCCAAAUUGUAUUGUGCAUAAAUCGGAGACAAUAGAGUCUACAUCCAAAAAGAGCAUAUUCAUAAUGGCAAACAAAUUAAGAACAUCACCUAAAUAUUGCCAACUCAUUCACCUAGUGACCAUUCUGAAAAAACUAGGAUUUUUAAUAGUGGAGGAGAAGUGAGGAAGAAUCCUUAGGGAGAAGAAUAUAUCUUUGUUAGAGGAAGAUUGUAUCCCCAAUUACAUGUGUCCAGAAGCAUAGGCGAUUUGAUAGCCCAUGACAUAGGUGUAUUAUCAGAACCUAAUUUUCGAGAAUAUGACAUAACUAAUUAGGAUGUCUUUUUAGUACUAACUACAUCACCUACCUUUGCCUAUCAAGUUGAUGACGAUGUUAAGAAUCAUUUAAGUGGCUUUUCUCUGAGUGAUAUUUAAUCUGCUUGCGAAUCCUUGUAUAAGUAAUGUAAAUCUAGUUGGAUAUCCUCAGAGGGAGUAUUUGAAGAUAUGACUAUUAUAUUAUAAUGGCUAGGCCAAUUAAAAGAGCCAAAAUGA